CGUGGCGGAAGCGGCUCGCCGUUCGCCGCCAUGAGCCGGUUCGGGGGUCGCGUGCGCGAGUACCCCGCCGUGUCCAUCGACCGCUUCGACCGCGACAACCUGCGCGCGCGCGCCUACUUCCUCUCGCACUGCCACAAGGAUCACAUGAAGGGGCUGCGGGCGCCCGCCCUGAAGAGGAGGCUGGAGGGCAGCUUGAAAGUUAAAUUAUACUGCUCACCAGUAACUAAGGAAUUGCUGUUGACUAGCUGGAAAUACAAGUUUUGGGAGAAUCACAUUGUUGCAUUGGAAGUUGAAACCCCAACUCAGAUUUCUUUAGUAGAUGAAACAUCUGGUGAGAAGGAAGAUAUAGAAGUGACACUUCUACCAGCUGGUCACUGUCCAGGAUCGGUCAUGUUUUUGUUUGAAGGUGAAAAUGGCACUGUGCUGUAUACAGGGGAUUUCAGGCUUGCAAAAGGAGAAGCAGCCAGAAUGGAGCUUUUGCAUUCAGGGACCAGAGUAAAAGACAUCCAGAGUGUGUAUUUGGACACUACUUUCUGUGAUCCCAAAUUUUAUCACAUACCAAGCCGGGAGGAAUGUUUAAAUGGGAUCUUAGAGUUAGUGCGAAGCUGGACUUCACUGACUCGCUAUCAUGUUGUGUGGCUGAACUGUAAAGCUGCUUACGGAUAUGAAUAUUUAUUCAUAAACCUCAGUGAGGAACUUGGAAUCAAGGUGCAUGUGAACAAACUUGAUAUGUUCAGAAACAUGCCAGAAAUCCUCUACCAUGUUACUACAGAUCGACACACUCAGAUUCAUGCCUGUCGACAUCCUCGGGAUGAUGACUACUUUCGAGGGAACAGACUGCCCUGUGGGAUGACUUGCCAAAAUGGAACUCCCUUGCACAUAAUCAGCAUCAAACCCUCCACUAUGUGGUUUGGAGAAAGGAUCAAGAAAACCAAUGUAAUAGUGAGGACUGGGGAGAGUACAUACAGAGCUUGUUUCUCUUUCCACUCUUCAUACAGUGAGAUUAAGGAUUUCCUGAGCUAUAUCCGUCCUGUGAAUGUGUAUCCCAAUGUACUGCCAGUGGGUGGGGGAGAAGACAAAGUUAUGGAAAUAUUAAAGCCAUUAUGCAGGUCAUACAGGAGAAACAUGGAACCCAGGUACAAGCCCUUAGGAACACUGAAGAGAGUCCACAAGAAAGACUUAUCUGAUACAGAUGAAGAUGAUCUCUUUGAUUCAGAAUUAGCCUCCGCAAGGCCUAAGAUUUCAAAACAGCAGAGAGAAGAGAGCAGGCCCUCCAGCACAGGACAAUCUGAAAAUGCUGAAGGAAACAUUAACGAGAGCACAGAAAGUUACAAAGUGACCACAACUUACACCUCCCUCCAAGGAGACUUUAUGGACUGUGAGGAAUCAAAUGAUGAUGAUGAUGACAAUGAUGAUGACGAUGAAGAAUCUGAAAAAAAUACAGUUCAGGUUCUUUCCUGUGAGCCAGAUGCCACUUCUACAUCAAAUUUCAAUGGAGUAACUAGUGACCAACAGGAGCCUAAUGCCAAUGGUCCUCGCUGGGAUGCAUUUUUUAAGUGUAACAAACUAGAAGAAAGUUCUGAAAAUGAGGACAACUUCCCAUCUUCAGCAGACGCUGGUGGGUCCCAGUCACUCUUCAGUGAUUCAGAUGGAGUAAGUGACUCAACACACAUCUCCUCCCAAAAUUCUUCUCAGUCAACACACAUAUCAGAGCAGGGGAGCCAGGGCUGGGAUAGCCAAAUGGACACAGUACUCAUUACCUCGCAAGAGAGAAAUGCCUUGGACUUUAGCUGCCUCAGCAAAGCUGGGAGCAGAACAGUUGUUUCUGUAUUGCAGGAGACUGCCAAAGACAGUCAGCCUGACAACAGUAGGCAGAAGCCACUGGGUCAAAAUAGAUCUUGUGCCUACAAUGUUGCCGGUGACUUGCAAAGCAAAGACUGUGAGAAAGAUGCAGAACCUGGCACUGCUUACGUUCAAGAUGUGCUGGUGGAAAGAAGUGACAACUCCAGGACUCCUGAUCUAGAACUGAGGAGGGACUCCCAGAGCUCCUCUGACUUCGAAAUUCCCUUGACUCCUGAUGCUGAAGCGCCUCAGCCAGAUAAACUACACUGUUUAUAUAAGAAGCUAGCAGCAGGUGAAAACAUACUCGGUGAGAAAAAAGUCUCCCGAAGACAGGUAUAACUGAUUGCAUCACAGUAACAAAUGCUGGAAUUUGUUUAUUAAACACCAAAUUAUUUUUCUCUUUAGUGUUGAUUACUAUCUGCAGCUAUGCUUACAAUUCAUGCAGUUUUUUCAGAAAUAUCUUACUGUCAGAACUAGGAAUUUGCAGCCUAUGUAACUUUAUUGUUCCUUCCAUGCAAUACUGAAAAGGAAGUAUUCCUUGGAGGGACCGUAAAAGCCUUCUACCUCCUGAGGUUCAGUUCUCUAGGACUGUAAAUAGACAAAAAAUGGACCAGACAAAACAAAGAGUAGAACACUAAAUGAAAUUUAGUGUUUAUCAUGAGCUCUAAGAGUUUGCCUUUGAUACAUAUGUGAUCUCAGGUUUUAAUAAAACACCACAUUUUUAACUGUGGGGAGGAACAUUACAUCUUUCAGGAAUGACCAUGCAAACAAUGCAAUAGUUGCACUUUGACUUUAAUCCUGAGUUUUCACUGCAGUUAUUUUUAAAAACAACUGCAGAACUGAUUAGACAAUUACUGGGAAGUUUUAUUUUUUAAAAAUCAAAUUGUUCUUUUCAAGCAGCCUCUCUUUACACUGAGAAGUAUUGUCAUCAGAUUUUAACUAACUCCUGAAUAAGGUACUACACACCAUUGUCUAUGUUUUAAAUCUAACUCAUUACAAACAACUUGUCAUCAGGUCCUCCGUGUUUUGCUUUGUUCUGAAUUGUUUCUCAGAACAACUUAAAAAUAAAAUCCUGUGGCACAUAGUUCCAAAGCCACCAGCAGUAGGCCUGCUCUGGAGGGUAACUCACAGCAACAGAAGCUAACCUGUUAUCCUGGGUUGGCUGUUCUGUUACUCAAGGCUCUUACGUUACCAAAUUUUACUUCCUCUGCAGCAUUCUGCUGACUUUGCUGAAUUCAGACAUGUUUAGAUUUCUUUUUUAAAUCAGGACAAUAGAUUCUCCAUGCAUAGGUGCCAUCAUAACUAACUCUUUGCCAAAAUUCUUAAGCUUCUAAAAUGGAAAUACACUUCAGGUUUUUGUUAAACCCUAGCACCUACAAAAAUGCCUAAACAGCAGAAGUCAUCUAAAAAUCCAUGAGGUUUCCCAUCCAUGUGGUCUUAAGUCCCAAAGAAUUAAACAGACUUUUAGUAUGACAGCUCUCCCCUCUCAAGUAUGUCUUCAGUCUUUCUGCCACCUUUAGCAAUAUGCGAGUGGUUUGCCAGCAUUCUGCUGUUGGGAACAGGGGUGGAGGGGGGAAGAAGAAAAAUUGCUAUCAUCUAUGUAUGGUUUUAAGGAUAGUCAAGUCCAUGUAUUUCUCUACUGGCAGCUUGCCCACUACGUUCCUGGGAUUUGUUAAUGUAAUUUCUAAAUGUGGUCUAUCAACUUUUUUUUUUUUUUGCAAGCCUGAGUGAGAGAAACUGCUGUUGUAACUGCCUCUGUAAUUAAAGUCAAACAGAGCAGAA